AUGACGAUGUCGUCUGAUCCUGAGCAGCCUUUGGCCUCUGACGGACCUUUGACUACACCGGGCGCAACCGAAGACGACGACUCCGAAGACCUUCUGUCGCCGUCACCAGCAUCAAGCGACACUGCUUCAAUAUUAUCACAGGAAUCGGCUGUUUCUGAAAGAGCUCCAAGCUCAACCAAAUCCCUAGAGGCAAGCACUAUUGAAUACAUUUUCGAGAAUGACCGGCAAUACUGCAACGAAACAUACCACAUGCCCAACGAUGAGGCCGAACAAACGCGUCUCAAUAUCCUACACCAACUCUACCUCCUCGUCCAGGACGGCAAAUUCACAUUAGCGCCUCUUACACUGACUCGGCCCCAAGCAACCUCUUCUUCCCGUUUAUCCUACCCAUCAACUGCUUCCUCGUCUUCCCGGAUACCCAGGUUGCGCAUUCUCGACAUUGGUACCGGUCCCGCCGACUGGGCAAUUGCCAUGGCAGAGCAAUACCCGGCAGCUGAAGUCGUCGCAACAGAUAUUAGCCCUGCCCUGCACCCCGAAUCCAUCCCAUCAAAUCUCUUUCUCGAGAUUGAUGACGCCACGCUCGAAUGGACUUUUGCGGAACAGUUCGAUCUCAUACAUAUCCGCAACAUGGCUGAUUCUUUUCCCGACUGGCCUUUUAUUUUCCGCGAGGCAUACAAACAUCUUCGUCCUGGGGGAUACAUUGAAGUCUGCGACCACGCUGGACUAGAGUCGCUUGCCGCCCUGUUACCGAACAGCUACAUCAGCAUCUACACAGCCGCGACACAAAGCGCUGCCGAGUGCGCAGGCAUGUAUUCGAAUCUGCCCACCGAAAAAUCAGUCGCAGGAAGUGCUGGACCUGCCGGAGGGUCCAGAGGCCCAGCCAAAGGAGGAACCUUGGCCCACCUCCACCCACAUGUCCUCGAAGCAGCUGGGUUCAAAAACGUCCAUGUCACAAAACUUCAUGUCCCGCUAGGGACGUGGCCAAAGGACGAACAACGCCCAGAUCCUCGCAGAUUGGCCAUGGGGAAGAUGUGGCUUAUUGUUGUACUAGAGGGCCUCGAGGCGUCGAGUCUCCGCCGCUUGACGCGCGAAUUGGCCUGGACUGUUGACGCGGUCAGGGAUUUAUGUGAAAAGACGCGAGAGGAGAUUAUGGCUUGUCAUGAAACGAAACGUUGUGAGACGGAGUUUCGGGCCGUCGUUGCGCAGAAGCCUGAGCUUUGA